UUUACACCGACAACAUCCGCCCCGGCUAGCGUUGGUCGCUGGCGCUAUGUGCGGUGUUUUUAAUAGCCAAACGCCCUCAGCUGAUUUAAAAAAACAGGAUGGAAGAGGAGGCAGACACUGGCGUUUCUUCGCGGACGGAGAGGAAAGCUUUGGAAAAGGCCAAAAUACUUCAACGAGAACGCGAGAGGAAGAUAUUUAGACUGGUUGGACGAGUCCUGAAGAAACCGGAGGCUGAUCGGUCGAAGGAGGAGGCAGCUGUGUUACUCCUGCACGGAGAAACUGUGGAGGAGCUCUGCAAGCGACAAGUCCGCACAAACGUGCUCAAGAGGAAGCAGGAGGAGGUGUUUGAUGAUGCUGAUGAGCUGAAGAGUAAAGUCAGGCAGCUCGCUGUGGCAGUCAAGCAAGCAAAACAUCUGGUGGUAUACACCGGAGCCGGUAUCAGUACAGCAGCUUCUAUCCCAGACUACAGGGGCCCUAAUGGUGUGUGGACACAGCUACAGAAGGGACGGACAGUCAGUUCAUCUGACCUGAGUAAAGCUGAGCCGACCCUCACGCACAUGUGUGUUAGGAUGCUACAUAAGGAAAAGCUGGUACAGCAUGUUGUUUCUCAAAACUGUGAUGGACUUCACUUGCGUAGCGGUCUGCCCAGACAUGCUCUGUCUGAGCUUCAUGGAAACAUGUUUAUUGAGGUGUGUACAACCUGUUCCCCGGUCAGGGAGUACGUGCGCUUGUUUGACGUGACGGAGCGGACAUCGCUGCACCGCCAUGGGACAUGCCGCAGGUGCAGCCACUGUGGUAGUGAACUAAGGGACACCAUAGUGCACUUUGGGGAACGUGGAACCCUAGAGCAACCUCUCAACUGGAAGGGAGCUGCAGAGGCUGCCAAGAUGGCGGAUGUUAUCCUCUGCUUAGGCUCCAGUCUGAAGGUGCUGAAGAAAUAUGCUUGUCUGUGGUGCAUGAACAGACCAGCAAGCAAAAGGCCCAAACUCUACAUUGUCAACCUCCAGUGGACACCAAAAGAUGACCUGGCUAAGCUGAAAAUUCAUGGCAAGUGUGAUGAGGUAAUGAGUCUCCUAAUGGAGGAGCUGAACAUUCAGAUUCCUGUAUAUGACAGGGCGGAGGACCCCAUCUUUAGUUUAGCCACACCUUUGCGGCAAGAAGAGGUCGACAGCCAUACUCGUGAGGUCAUAGCUCCCCUUGAUGGGCAGGAGGACUUCUUACCUGACUCUGGAGAGCAGGCAGAAGAAGCCACAGCUGUGCAGGGCGGCUGGUUUGGAAGAGGCUAUGGCAAAGGAAGAAAGAAAAAGAAAAAAGCUGCAUAAUCAAGACACAUGCAAAUUUGGUUGACGUAUGUGAAGUGAUCAAUCCCAAUGAGGGAUUCAAAUUUCAGUCUCAUAAUGAGGACGAGUUGGACUUUAGUCUGCCGUGGUCUUUUUGGCUGCGUUGGUGUCAUUUAGUCACAUUUUCUAUUUAGUGUGUGCGCGUGUGAAGGGAAAACACACUUUUGACUAUUUGAAAAUUAGGUUUCCUCAUUGCCACACAAUAUGUUUUCAGCUUUAAUCCAGACAGUCACAAAUGAUACCAGUAGUGACUAGUUUUUAAUUUAAAAAAUAUAUAUAUCAAAACCAUUCCUGCAGCAUUACAUUUUUCUGCUGUCCCUCUGUAUGGUCCGUAUGUCCUUAGUCUAGCUUUGCCAGACCAUCCUCUACAGCACUGCGGAGGUGGGUCUGGCUAGUCCGUACAGCAUUCUGGGAUGAGAAAAACGUGCUCUGGUUUAUUGGCAUAUCUUUAAACCAAUCA